GACCGGGCCACAAGAAGCGGAGCAAAAGCCCCCGCGUCCCGGAGGUGAAGAGGAGGAUAAAGGGGAAGAAGAUGGCGCCUCUGAAGAUCAAGCUGGGCAUGAUCGGCGGGAAGCGGAAAAAGAGCAGCUCUAGCGACGAGGUGGCGGACCCGGAAGAAGAAUCCGACCUGGAUAACUCGAGCGUUCACAGUUCUUCCGUGCGUUCGGACAGUUCGGGACGGGUCAAGAAACUCAGGCGGGGUCGGCCCGGACGGAAGAAGAAAAAAGGUGAGGAGAAAGAAGGGGUGCAGUGGGAGCCGAAGGAGGAGGAGGACGAGUACGAGGGGGAGCUGGACGACGGGGAGAAGGAGGAGGAGGACGACCACAUGGAGUACUGCCGGGUCUGUAAGGACGGCGGAGAGCUGCUGUGUUGCGACGCCUGCAUCUCUUCGUACCACAUCCACUGCCUCAACCCGCCACUGCCGGAGAUCCCCAACGGAGAGUGGUUGUGUCCCCGCUGCACGUGCCCCAUGCUGAAGGGCCGGGUCCAGAAGAUUCUCCACUGGCAGUGGGGGGAGCCCCCAACGCCGGUUGCCGUCCCCCUGCCCUCCGAUCGCAAGCCGGACGACCCGCCCCCGAAGGCGCUCCAGGGACGUUCGGAGCGCGAAUUCUUUGUGAAAUGGGUGGGCCUCUCGUACUGGCACUGCUCCUGGAUAAAGGAAUUGCAGCUGGAGAUCUUCCACCUAGUCAUGUACAGAAACUACCAGCGGAAGAACGACAUGGACGAGCCUCCCCCCUUCGACUACGGCUCCGGCGACGACGACGGCAAAAGUGAGAAGCGGAAGAGCAAGGAUCCCCUCUACGCGGAGAUGGAGGAGAACUACUACCGCUACGGCAUCAAGCCGGACUGGAUGACCAUCCACCGGGUGAUAAACCACAGCAUUGACAAAAAGGGCGUCUAUCACUAUCUGGUGAAGUGGCGGGACCUUUCCUACGACCAAUCCACCUGGGAGGAGGAUGAAAUGGCCAUCCCCGAGUACGAGUACCACAAGCAGGGCUACUGGUCCCACAGAGAACUAAUUAUGGGUGAAGAUCCGGCCCAGCCGAGGAAGUACAAGAAAAAAAAGAAGGAGCUGAACUCGGACGACCCCCCGAGUUCUCCCACCAAUGACCCGACGGUGAAGUACGAGAGCCAGCCCCGUUUCGUCACCUCCACCGGGGGGACGCUGCACAUGUACCAGCUGGAAGGGCUGAACUGGCUGCGCUUCUCCUGGGCGCAGAGCACCGACACCAUCCUGGCGGACGAGAUGGGCCUCGGCAAGACCAUCCAGACCAUCGUCUUCCUCUACUCGCUCUACAGGGAGGGCCACACCAAGGGUCCCUUCCUGGUCAGCGCCCCUCUGUCCACCAUCAUCAACUGGGAGCGUGAGUUCCAGAUGUGGGCGCCCAACUUCUACGUGGUGACCUACACGGGGGACAAGGACAGCCGCUCCAUCAUCCGGGAGAACGAGUUUUCCUUUGAGGACAACGCCAUGAAGGGCGGGAAGAAAGCCUUCAAAAUGAAGAGAGAAGCCCAGGUGAAGUUCCACGUCUUGCUGACCUCCUACGAGCUGGUCACCAUCGACCAGGCGGCCUUGGCCUCCAUCCGGUGGGCCUGCCUUGUGGUGGACGAAGCCCACCGGCUCAAAAACAACCAGUCCAAGUUCUUCCGGGUGCUCAACGGUUACAAAAUCGACCACAAGCUGCUGCUGACGGGGACGCCCUUGCAGAACAACCUGGAGGAGCUCUUCCACCUGCUCAACUUCCUCACCCCGGAGAGGUUCAA